AGUGGCCGCUCAAAUUAGUCGUCAAACGUUUCUCGCCGCAAACAGUUCGAUGCUGGUGGUGUAAUUAUCAAGUAGAUUUUAGGAAGUGCUGGGAUUUAGUGAUCGCCACCUACGCGGGAUCCACCAGACAAAACAUUGUCACCACCGAGGCAUCAAUCCAAUAAGACGGAUAAGUGAUUAACAGUGCCAGUGACGAUAUUAACUGAAGGAACAAGAAAAAAGAACCCGAGCUGAGUGGCAAAACGACAAACUACAAGCUGAUAACGGAUACGAGCUUAUCAAGAGACAGCAGUGUGCCAAUUGAUAAAAAGUGAUUAUUUGCAUUUCACGGAAGGAGUCAUCACUGAAAAGAUCGAGAUGCUUAUGCCGCGUUGAUAUACUUGCAGGCGCUAUGGAUCCCAGUAUUCUAGCAACCAUGGACCGUGACGCACUGAAAAAGCAGAUCGAGAACAUGAAGUACCAGGCCGCGAUGGAGCGGUGGCCAUUGUCAAAGAGCAUUGCAGCCAUGCGGGAGUACGUGGAGGAGAACGAAAAGAACGACCCGCUGAUCCAUGCGCCCGACAAAAAGAACAACCCAUGGGCAGAAAAGGGCAAAUGCGUCAUCAUGUAAAUACCAUCCAAACAACAACACAUCCACCCACACAAAACUUCUUCACCUACUUCCACACCUUCCACAAAUUAGUAUAAUAUACUAAUGAUUACUACUGUAAUUCUACAACUGAACAACUUUUCUAACUAUUAUAAAAACAAAAUCGCAAAACAACACGAAUCUCUACUCAGCUGUCUUGAACCAUCUGUUUGAUGUUGUGCUUCUUUCGUUAUGUACCGAACUGUGUUAGCUCCAAAUUGUGUUUGCAUUUCAUUUGUAUGUUAUAUUUGGAAGAGAAAAUGAACCGAUUAUUAUCGGGCCAAUUGUGACGAAAAAUUGAAGAAAUAAAAAAGAACAUUCCAAAACGACUGGCAAGAACAGGGCGUGAGAACAGUAUUCUCCAGCAUGAUUCUCUGUACAAA